ACCGCAGGCGGGCAGCAUCGAGCCGGUCUUCACCCCUCCUCUUCCUCCACCACCACCACCACCACCACGCAGUAUUAGCAUUCUCCCCCAAAUCUCUCCUCCUCACCAAAAACGCUCCGAAUGGGAAGAAAACAUGGCAUGAAGGAGGCGGCGGGUCCACACCACCACCCACUGUAAUCUACCGAACCUGAACCCCGACGGAACAUGGACUUUAGGAUACGCAGCGCGCGAGGAGAGCUGAGACAAGGGAACACAAAGCGGAUGGGAGACAAGGCUCGUGUUGUCGCUUAAGACACGACUCAUCAUCUGCUGGUGUUUUAUCUCUACGGAGGCGGACGAGGAACACUGGGAGGACUCUUAUUAUUGCCUCCUGGACUGUGCGCAACGACAAAUUAAGCGGUCCUUAUUCAUCAAACUCAUCGGUGCCAUCAUCUCAGCUUGGAAUAAAGAAAAUGAGUGAACAGAGUAUCUGCCAGGCGCGAGCCUCGGUGAUGGUCUACGAUGAUGCCAGUAAGAAGUGGGUGCCCAUCAAGCCCGGGCAGCAGGGCUUCAGCCGCAUCAACAUCUAUCACAACACUGCCAACAACACCUUCAGAGUGGUGGGCGUCAAACUGCAGGACCAGCAGGUGGUGAUCAACUACUCCAUAGUGAAAGGCCUGAAAUACAAUCAGGCCACCCCAACCUUCCACCAGUGGCGUGACGCCCGUCAGGUCUAUGGGCUGAACUUUGCCAGUAAGGAGGAGGCCACUACCUUCUCCAACGCAAUGCUGUUCGCCCUCAAUGUCCUCAGCUCGCCUGACAGUGGAGGUCCAGUCGUUCAACGCCAAAAUGGGCCGUCCUCGGAGGAAAGCGAGGCACAGAGGAGCAGGGACAUCCUUGCACUUCACAGGAUGAUGGAGCAGCAUCAGAUGCAGGCGCACAAGGAGAGGGAGCGACGAACGUCUGGAUCAGGUGAGGCCUAAACAAACACGCCCACACCCAGUUUUUUUCCCCACUCACAUACAUACACUCACACACUCACAUACCUCUUCACGCUGCUCUGGAGAUUAUGUGCUUGCUCUGAGCUACGCAAACAUUUAAGAAGAAAAAACCUUCCACAGAACACUCCAACGUCAACAAACAGCCCUGCAGGGGUGACAUCAGAUAUUUGCUCUUCUUUGUUGUGUUGUGUUAAUGAGGGAAGCUAUCAGAGUUGGGUCAGGCAGAGCACACUUUACCCUCCUUCAGCGAACAGGUGAUUGCAUCACUGAUAGACAACUGAGAUUCCAGUCCCCAGCACGGUAGGUUCCCGGAGGUAAACAGGCUUUCCCCGCUGUGCUUUGUGUUAGUGUCUCCCGCCUUAGUCCCAACCACGACUCCCCCUGGUCUGUACGCCUUUAUGCUUUUUUAUCCAUACACACAUAUAAAUGUUCAAGUCUGCCCCGUUAACACACAUACAGACUUAAACAUCCUCCUUUGUCCCCGCUGUCAGUGGCGAUACCAGAACCCUCCUGUCCCUGCAACAUGCUCUACUGCCAUCUCUUUCUUCCAGCUACCGUUGGGGGGAAAUGCCAUAUGCUUUUCUGAUCAUGGCUCAGUCAUGUUGCAUUCUGCUGCUUGUUAUUUUUUGUGAUAUUUUGAUUCUUUCUUAUUUGCUACUGGCUUAUGUUUUUUGGAUUGCUCCUGAUUUUCUCAUCUUUUACUUGCUUGGUUGCUCAGUUGGUUGCUUUUCAUUCUUCUCACGUUUUUCUCUUUUCUGUUUUCCUUUGUUUGUUGCCCUCCUUUCGUCCUCCUCUUCAUCUGCAUCUCCUCUUCCUCUCUCUCUCUCUCUCUCUCUCUCUCUCUCUCUCUGUCUCUCUCUCUCUCCUCCUCUCUGUCCUUCUAUCUCUGCCCGUCACAGUCGUUUCCACUCUCCAAUAUAAAGUCUCCACCCCUCCCACCCACCCAGACACUCCACCCGAGUACAGACAGUACAGGGCUAGCACACUGCCACCCUCCUACGUCCGCGUGGCCUCCUCCUCUCCUCCCUCCUCUGCCUCCUCUUCUUCCUCACAGGAGAAAGAGGCGGGGAUUGCUAGGGACAAGGCCCAGCUCUCUUCCCAGCUCUCCACCUCUCUAGCCUCUGCCUUUUCCCCAGUCCAGGCGGGCGUGAACACCAUGGGCCGACAGGUCCGCCAGAUCCCCCUGUCCCCCCCCACAGCCGCCCGCCACCUCUACCUGCAACAGCAACUGCAGCAACAAGACAUCAUGCUGCCCCCAAAACAUGGCACCUGGUCAGCCUCGCAUUUGCAGCAAAUGUACGCCCAGAUGCCCCCCUCCUCCUCCCCGCCUGUUAUGAUGGCCAUGCCUGUGAAGCAGGGCAUGCCCCCACAGCCUGUCCUCCCCAUGGCUCACCCCCUCCCACCCCUGAACCCCAGAAUGAAGCCCCCACCUCUUGACCCUGGCACUGCAUCAGGCCCUCACCAGUACCCCCAGCACCAACUCCACCCUCAGUCCAACGGCCAGCCAGAUGACUCCUACACUUCUCACUCUCAGCAUCUGCCACUCACCCCACAGUACUGCGAGCCCGUCCCCCUGCCUCCCCUGAUAGGUCAGACAGCCCCAGGCCCCGCCCCCCAGUACCCAUCCACCUUCCACCCUCAGCAGCAGCAUCUGCCACCACAACAACAACAACAACAACAACAACAACAACAGCAGCAGCAGCAGCAGCAGGUGUACUACCAGCAGGCCCAGCCCCCCACCACCACCACCUCCACCUCCUCCUCUUCCUCCUCGCCCCCCUCUUACACUGCCAUGUCUGACGGGGGCUCGCCCAAGAAGACCCCCUCCCCUGUCCCCCAGCAGGCCCCCAUGGCCAGCAGCAGCCCCCCUGUCUCUGCAGGUCACCCCGCCAUGCUCUCUGUGGCUCCUCCAGCUGCAGUUCCAGCACCCAUGGCUGGUCCUCCAGCCCCUCCACCCCCACCAGGUCCACCACCCCCAAUGGCAGUGCCCCCACCUAUGCCCCCUCCACUUCCCACUGGUGGAGGGCCUCCUGGGGGCCCGCCGGGGGUCCAGCUACAACCCUCAGGACUGGCUGCAGCACUGGCUGGAGCCAAACUACGUAAAGUACAUAGGGAUGAGAGCAGUCCGCCAAGCUCUGGUGGCAAAAGUGAUUCCAACCGGUCCAGUGGUGGCAGUGGUGGUGGUGGGGAGGGCCUGAUGCAGGAGAUGAAUGCCUUACUAGCUCGCAGACGGAAAGCUUCAGAGAAACCUGAUGAAGAGGACUCUAGCGGUCGGGGAUCAGAUGCUGUGAAAAAGCCAUGGGAACGAUCCAACUCUGCAGACAAGUCCUCGCUGGUGUCAAGAGUGAGACCCAUCGGAAGCACCAGUGAAUCAGACACAGAAUUUGACAGGAUGAAACAGGAAAUUUUGGAUGAGGUUGUUCGUGAGUUGCAUAAAGUGAAAGAUGAAAUCAUAAAUGCCAUCAGACAAGAAAUCGGCAGAAUCAGUACGUCCUAAUCACAGCUGAGCAGCAGCAGGAGGAGAGCGAGAGAAGGAGCCGGAGGAGGAUGGACAUGCAGAUGCACAGACACGAGGACCCAGGAAUGUUCUCUCAAUGUUUCUGUGACCUCGCGACGCCAUGAUGCAAGGUGCAGAGACGUUGUGCCAACAUUUGAGUCUGCUGGACAGCAAAAAAAAGGAAGAGAGAAACUGAGAGGUGAUAUAGAGAGAGAGAAAGAGAAGGAGUAUGAAGGGACAGGAGCAGAAUAAGGAUAAUGAAAGUUUGAAAGGACUCAUGAACUCAAACAGUGGAUGAAAAAAAAGCAAAAGAUGAACUGAUGGACGGACUUUCGUGCUGAGUUCGGUGUUGUGGUCCUCUCUGUGCACCUAUAGACUCAGUCAGCCUGGUGUUGCAACUCUUUGUUCUCUGUUGAGUCCGAGUCAUAAGAAGAAAAUAUUUUUGUUUUCUAAGUUUUUACUGUUUUAUUAUUUAAAAACUGUGGUGAUAAUGAUGAUGCUGUCGAUGACAAUGAGUAUUUUAUUGAUAUUAUAGAAGGAGAAAGGAAUCUUGCACACCAUUUCUGUCAGCCUUUAAUAUUUUCUAUUAUUUUUUUGUUUAGUUCAUCCCUAAUUGUUUGAUGAAAACAAGCACAAUAAGGGCGUAACGGUGCUGCAGACUCACCUGCCCCUGACUGGCGUAUUUAAAAAAAAAAAAAAAAAAAAAAAGGCUUUUUAUUACCUUGUUCAUACUGGUGUUGUGUGUCAAACCUUUUUUUUUUCCAAAGACGUUGGAAAAUAUGUUAAUGUUGAACCACAAUUAGCAACUUUGAUUACCUCUUUCCUUCACAUACAAGGCAUUGCAAAUACGCAAAUGAUUUUUUUGGGGAAAUUAAUCAAUAACACUCAAUAACAGUGUGCUCUACAACUCCAGUGUGACCGAGGAUGAAGUUUCUCUACCUGUUCAAAUGUGUGAGAUCAUUGAAACAUGGGGAUCGUUCACAAAACAGGCCGAUAACUGUAAAUGUGCCACCUGGUUUUACCUAGAUAUAAAACAAUGUAGUCCUAUCUAUUAGUCAUCCUAUUCUUUGUGAACCUCCAAAGUAUGCAUGAACUCCCUCCCAUCUCUAUCGAUUAGUUUUUUAUUUGGUUUGGAAAAAAAAGAACAAAUGGUGGUACAUUUAUUAUCCUGGUUUGUUUCCAUGAAGUUUCCCUUUCUUUAAAUGAGAUGUUGAACUCGAUAAUGGUAGCAACAUGGGGGGGGGGGGGGUGGAGGAGGUUGCUCUGGCAAUAUGCAAACCUUACCUAGAGAAGAAUGUGCAGAAAGUGAAUGAUAGGCCGAUGUGAUGGUAGUUAAUUAUGUCUCUGCAGAAGGAUUUGGUUGAAUCUUGGUUGUUGCAUUCUAUCCACUCUGUCCGCUCUCAACUACGUUCUGAUUUACAAGCUGGAAGUAAAUUCAUUCAAACAAAAACAAUAAGAAGUGUCAACCAUCUACACAAUAUCA